AUGGCAGCCGAAACGGCAACACGUGAACUCAAGUUGCAACUCCGAUCCGAAACCUCGAUUGACUACGAUACAGAAGAGUAUAAAUACAAGGAUUACUUGCCACACCACAAGUCUGGCCUGCAGCCACCGCUCCAGGAGUUCGACCAUGUUGACGUUGGAAACCGCGCGGAUCCCUCAAAACGAAACCUACUAGAAGCUCCCGGAGCCUCUAUCCAUGAGAUUACCCCAGCAAUAGGGACGGAAAUCAAAGGCUUGCAACUAAGCAAGUUAACUCUCAGCCAACUCGAUGAGCUUGCAUUACUUGCUGCCGAGCGAGGAGUUGUUGUUUUCAAGAACCAAGACUUUGCGGACAUCGGACCGGAACGUCAAAAGGAGUACGGCAAACAUUUCGGCCCGCUGCAUGUCCACCAAAUGGGUGGGCAGGUAAAGGAUUAUCCGGAACUUUUGCCUGUUUACCGGGAUUUUGUAGCGGGUGCAGUUGACAACGAAAUCAAAGACAACACAACAAGUGUAAAAUGGCACAGUGACAUGAGCUACGAAAUCAAUGGCAUGGGAACGACCACAUUCCUGGUCUUGAGUACGCCACCAUCUGGCGGAGAUACGUUGUAUCUGUCAACAACUGCGGCUUACAACGCGCUGUCUGAGACUUACCGGAAGAGACUUCACGGCUUGCUUGCAGUGCAUUCUGGCCAUUCGCAAGCUGCUGUGCACGAGUAUCGAGAAAGAUAUAUCAGGGAUCCAAUUGAGACGGUGCAUCCUGUGGUGCGCACGCAUCCUGUCACUGGAGCAAACUCACUCUACGUGAAUCGACUUUAUACCAAGAAGAUUGUCGGCAUGAAGCAAGAAGAAAGUGCUGCCGUUCUGAACUUCUUAUACGACCAUAUUGAAAAAGGUCAAGACUGGCACAUUCGCGUACAUUGGACGCCCGGAACCGUGGUUGUGUACGACAAUCGCGUCACCCAACAUUCUGCCUUGAGAGAUUUCAGAGUUGAGGGGAACGUAAGGAGGCAUAUGCUGCGGAUUACGCCACAGGCAGAAAGAUCGUUUUUUGCCCCGAACGCCGAGGAGAAAUAAUUUUAACUUUGUUCUUUCCAUAUGAUGCAUGGAAGACCUUGGUUGUUUCUAAAGGUGUCAAUAUUUUCUUUAUAGCUGCGUCAGCGCUACACAAAAGGCAACCCGCCAUGAUGAUAAAGCUAGUCGGGUGCAGAGCAUAG